UCCCCCUCUCGCCAGCCUGAUGUCCGGAGCGAGAUCCCGCUGAAGGGAGAUUUCGGUGCGGGAAGCCUGGUCCUCCGGCCCCGAGCACCACUGCAGUGGCGGUGGCGGGGGCACAGACGGAGAGGAGGGACGAGUCAAGGCAGCGCCGGAGCGGAGCCGGCGGCCGCUCGGCAUCGCCCGCGGAGCGCCGCGCACCGCCGCUCUCCAGGGUGCUGACCCGGGGCGUCGCUCUCCAGGGUGCUGACCCGGGGCGCCGCUCUCCAGGGUGCUGACCCGGGGCCACCCUUCCUCCUCCUGUCCCGGGUGCUGACCGGAGCCCUCCCGGCCUCCCUCCCCCGCCUCGGGAGAGGUGGCUCGCUUCCCCUACCAAUUCUCCCCAAGUACCGGGUUACUUUAUUGGCCAACACCACCGGCCCACCCCUCACGGAGUACAAAAAAAAAAAAAAAAAAAGAAAAAAAACAGCGAGAGCUGGAAAAAUGUGCAACGUCAACGCGCUCGGAGUCUACGUGUGGGAGACGAUCGUUUUCUUCAGCCUGGCAGCCUCCAAAGAAGCUGAAGCAGCAGCACGAUCAGCCCCUAAACCCAUGUCUCCUUCUGACUUCUUGGAUAAGUUGAUGGGGCGAACUUCAGGAUAUGAUGCCAGGAUCAGGCCAAAUUUUAAAGGCCCACCAGUGAACGUCAGCUGCAACAUUUUCAUCAACAGCUUUGGUUCGAUUGCAGAAACAACUAUGGAUUAUAGAGUGAACAUCUUCCUGCGACAGCAGUGGAAUGACCCGCGGCUGGCGUACAAUGAAUAUCCUGAUGACUCUCUGGACCUGGACCCCUCUAUGCUGGACUCCAUCUGGAAGCCUGACUUGUUCUUUGCUAAUGAGAAAGGGGCCCAUUUCCAUGAGAUUACCACAGACAACAAGCUUCUGAGGAUCUCCAGAAACGGCAAUGUCCUCUACAGCAUCAGGAUCACGCUGACUCUGGCCUGCCCCAUGGACCUGAAGAACUUCCCCAUGGACGUACAGACAUGCAUCAUGCAACUAGAAAGCUUUGGUUACACAAUGAAUGAUCUUAUAUUUGAGUGGCAAGAAAAAGGAGCCGUGCAAGUUGCUGACGGGCUGACUUUGCCUCAGUUUAUCCUCAAAGAAGAAAAAGACUUGAGAUACUGCACAAAGCACUACAACACAGGCAAGUUCACCUGUAUAGAAGCUCGCUUCCACCUGGAGCGGCAGAUGGGUUAUUACUUGAUCCAGAUGUACAUCCCCAGCCUCCUUAUUGUCAUUCUGUCCUGGAUCUCCUUCUGGAUCAAUAUGGAUGCUGCACCUGCUCGUGUUGGCCUGGGGAUCACCACAGUGCUCACUAUGACCACGCAGAGCUCUGGUUCCCGAGCAUCAUUGCCCAAGGUGUCCUAUGUGAAGGCCAUAGACAUCUGGAUGGCUGUGUGCUUGCUGUUUGUGUUCUCCGCACUUCUAGAGUACGCUGCCGUCAACUUCGUGUCUCGGCAGCACAAAGAGCUGCUCAGGUUCAGAAGGAAGAGGAGGCACCAUAAGAGUCCCAUGCUGAAUCUGUUUCAGGAGGAUGAAGCUGGUGAAGGCAGGUUCAACUUCACUGCCUACGGGAUGGGACCAGCUUGCCUUCAAGCCAAGGAUGGCAUCUCCGUCAAGGGCGCCAACAACAACAACACAGCCAACCCGGUCCCACCGCCGUCCCGCUCCCCUGAGGAGAUGCGAAAGCUCUUCAUUCAGCGAGCCAAGAAGAUUGACAAGAUCUCACGCAUUGGCUUCCCUAUGGCAUUCCUCAUCUUCAACAUUUUCUACUGGAUCAUCUACAAGAUCGUCCGCAGAGAGGAUGUGCACAACCAGUGAGGGAAGGGGAGCAGCUGGGAGGGAGAGAGCAAUCCUUUAUAUAUGUGCAAUAGCAAUGCAGCAAUGCAUGAAUUUAAGAAUGUGGCAAUAUCUACUAAAAAAAAAGGGGGAGGGGGGCUGGGAGGGACUUUUAAUCAUGUGAACUGAGGAUAACUGGCACAGGGUGGAGAAAAAAAGCUCUUGAUCUGGGGAGUGCAGGGUGGGGGUUAGUUUUAUGGCAUAGGAAGGUUUGGAUUGCUCCAGCUGCAAUCCAAGCAGUGUAAUAUAUUAAUAUAUAUUCAUGCUUAAUUAUAAUGCAAAAAGAAAACAGUCAAAAAAAAAGAUAAACAAAAAAAAUUUCUUUUUUAAGCCUAUUAACAGCUUGGAUUCUCAAGUCACUGGAAUGAGUCAUAAUUCCAUGUGCAGAAAUGACCGCAAUUACGCUUUAUCUGACUUUUGCUAUAGAAAGGCCAUACCAGUCAAGCACGUGGGGGGAAAAAGCUCUAACAAAAGGAAGAAAAAAACAAGAAAAUCAUUCUAUGCUUCUCUAGGUUUUGCACUUUGAAAAAUGGAUAGACGGGGAAACUUAAAAAAGAGGCUGAAGGUUGUUGUUUAUUUUAUAUAUUUACUUUUUUUAGUCACGGGUUUGCUGAUCAAACACUUUGUGACUUUUGGAUAGAGGAAAGCAAAUACAUUAUCUCUCUGUCAUCCCCAUCAGAGAGCAUCAAAUGGGAAACCCAAGAAGGACAACAGGGCCUUCAUCAGAAAUCACAGGUACCUUCUGUCCUUUUAAAUGACCUAGCAGGAUUUGAGUCCCAGGAGUCAGAAAUACUACCCAGAACACUAGAAAUUAUGAAGGAUUUUUUUUUCCCAAACACUU